AUGGAAGAACAGGACACGGAAGACGAAGAAGACGAAGAACAUGAAGAAGAUUAUAGCGCGGGGAGACACGUCGCCAGAUACAGAAGUGACCAGGACGAGGAGGCGGUGGCACUCACGAGGCCCGUCAAGUGGCACUCGGGAUUCCCGGCCAAGUACUCGGUUCUUCACGACCUGGGGAAAGGAAGGUUCAGCGUGGUCAAGCGGUGUCGUCGUCUCCGUGACGGGAGGGAAAUGGCGGCCAAGUUCGUCCGAAAAGCCCGCCAGGACGAGAGUCUGACCGAAGCGGAGUUUCGGAUCCUACGGCGCAUGCGUCACCCCGCCCUCGUGCGCCCCCACGCCCUCUACGCGGCCACGCCCAAGUUUCAUGUGUUCGUCAUGGAGCUGGUGGUGGGUCUCCCGCUGCUGGACUGGAUCUUCACGCGCGAGGAGACGACGGAGGCCGAGUGCGCGGACAUGCUCUCCCAAGUGGUCCUCGCGCUCCAGUAUCUCCACAGCCAUAAUGUGGCUUAUCUUGAUCUGAAGCCUGAGAACCUGCUAGUGGAUUUAGUGCGGACGUCGGAAGAAAGUGGAGAAGGAGUAUUAAGAACAAUGGUAGGGAUGGAAGAGACGAAAAGCCAAGUGGAGGCUGGAGAUAAACCACUUAAGCCAGUUACGUGGGGAGUGGAGACAGAGGGAGAGGUUCUUACCCGCGGGGUUCUGAGAGCAACCUCUGAAAUCGAGACGGAGGUUGUGGCAGAGACAAAGCCAGCGUCUAUGACAAUGGAGACAGAGACUAAGCCAGCGAUUCCAGAGGUGAUAAUAGAGAAGAGAACAACGAUUCUCGAAAUGGCAACAGAGACGAAAAUAAUGACAUACAAGGCUGGAACUAAGCCAGUCUCAUCUCAAACAGAGGGUGGAGUUAAAUCACUCUCACUUGAAGUGCAGAGUCAGAAGCAAAGCCACUUACACCUGAAGAGGCUAAGCCACUUACACCUGAAGAAGGCUAAGACAACUACACCUGAAGAGGCUAAGCCACUUACACCUGAAAAGGCAGAAGCUAAGCCACUAACACCUGAAGAGGCUAAGCCACUUGCACCUAAAGAGGCUAAGACAACUACACCUGAAGAGGCUAAGCCACUUACACCUGAAAAGGCAGAAGCUAAGCCACUAACACCUGAAGAGGCUAAGCCACUUGCACCUAAAGAGGCAGAAGCUAAGCCACUUACACCUGAAGAGGCGCAAGCUAAGCCACUUACACCCGAAAAGGCUAAGCCACUUACACCUGAAGAGGCGGAAGCUAAGCCACUUACACCUGUAGAAGCUAAGCCACUUAGACCUGAAGAGCCAGAAGCUAAGCCACUUACACCUGAAAAGGCAGAAGCUAGGCCACUUACACCCGAAAAGGCUAAGCCACUUACACCUGAAGAGGCAAAGGCUAAGCCACUUACACCUGAAAAAGAAGCUAAGCUACUUACACCCGAAGAGGCUAAGGCACUUACACCUGAAGAAAGAGAAGCUAAGCCACUUACACAUGAAAAAGAAGCUAAGCCACUUACUCCUGAAGCAGGAGCUAAGCCAAUUACUCCUGAAGCAGAAGCCAAGCCACUUACUCCUGAAGAGGCAAAGGCUAAGCCACUUACACCCGAAGAGGCAGAAGCUAAGCCACUUACACCUGAAGAAAGAGAAGCUAAGCCACUUACAUUUGACGAGACAGAAGCUAAGGAACUUGUACUUAAAGAAGUAAAAGCUAAGCCACUAACAUCUGUAGUGACAAUAGUUGAGCCAAUUACACCAGAAACAGAAGCACUGGUUAAGCCCAUCUCGCUAAGAAUAGAAACUAAGCCACUCACAGAAGAUAAGCACCUCGUUUCUGAAACUAAGCCCAUCGAGUCCAGUGAAGAAGCCAAGCCAUCCAUCCCCGACCUGAAAACGGGACCCAAGCCAGCACAGAUCGAUUCAACCCCAACCCUUCCUAGAGUCAAAACUCAAGCCAAGGUCUCCAGCCCCGAAGCCAAGCCAGCAUUUCGUCCAGUCAUCCGGCUUAUCGACCUCGGCAGCGCGCGUCGCGUGUCUCCUCCGUCAGGCAGUAGUCGAUGGGGCCUUCCUACAGGGCCGAGAGUGGUAUCCCAGAAGGACCCCCCCGUGCUUGCAGGAUCUCCCGAGUUCCUGGCUCCUGAACUGGUCCGGAGGCUGAGUGUGGGUGUUCCUGCUGACUACUGGAGUCUGGGCGUGCUGAUCUACGUCCUGGUCAGCGGUCGAUCUCCCUUCCUCGGCGUCUCCCCUGAGGCGACCUGCAGAAACAUCCUGUCAGGAGAAGUGCGGUUCCCCGUGGAGCACUUCGCCUCAGUCACGGACGAGGCUUGCGAACUCACCCGCGAUCUCCUGGUCCAUGACCCUGCAGAGCGCCCGGACCUCAGUCGGGUCCUGGCUCACCCCUGGUUCAAUAUGAAAGAGUGCGAGAGUGUCCUGCCCAUCCAGAGCCUGGCGGAUUUCAGCUUCAGGAGGUCGAAAGUUACUACGUCGACUCAAGAAGUCACUCCUCACUCCCGACACUUCAGCACUUCCACUUAAUAAUUGAAAACUGAUAGUCAACAAUUAAUAAUUAUUCAUUAACUCCACAGUCAGUUACAACAAUGAUGUUAUGGGGACAGCGAUGCCCUGAUUGUUAAAUGACACUCUUAAACAGGAAAAAUAACAAGUAUACAUGCAGUUGUAACCUCGAUAAAGGGAUACAAGUAUCUGUAAAUAAUAUAUAAAAUAUAUAUCAAUUAAAACACGUUUUAUUAAAUAGUAUAGACUGAAUAUAAAUAAUAUUUUUCAACAAUGACAACAGGAUAUAAUGAGGCUAAAUUUCAGAACGCAAGUCUUAAUUACCUUUAUGUUUUUUUCCCUUUCCUCAAAUAAAUAAACUAUAAACAGCACUGUAUAAAGCACACAUGAUAAAUCAAAGGAACUUAGAAAUUACGUUGUAGGUUAGCACUAUGUUAACUAGUUUAGGAUUAAUGUUAUAUUUCAUAUUUAUGCAAUCUUACUGCCACAACUAGUU